GAUUAUGGUAGCCACUUUUCGGACCAUAUGAACCGCUAAACAUUGCAGUUAAGGCGUGAUGAAUUAUGCAGUGAAGGAGCGAUAGAAUCAAGAAGCCCAUAUGUUACACGAGGGCUUUCAUCGUGUUAGCACGUUGAUGAACUCGCCGCCAGGCAAUCAAACCCGAUAUCGUCCGCGAGGCUGGUGGUGGCUGGUCCGCUCCAGGAGUCUGAGGUGCGGGAGGUUCCUCCACCCCCUUUGGACAUCGAGGGGCCCUGGCGUACAUCGUUGUUCCAUCCUGGAUUCGAGGCGUCGGGUGGGGGGCCUUCAGUACCUCGUGGAGUGGGAGGGGUUCGGGCCGGAGAAGAGGUGCUGGGUUCCGGUUGCAGAUGUUUUGGAUCCUGAACUGCUGCUAAAGGGAGGCAGUGCCAGGCGACGACUGAGAAAGGGCCGAAAAAUUACCAGACUCCAGCCACCCGAGACAUGGACUCUUCUCCAUACUCCCGUCCAGCAGGUGGUUAUGGUGGAUCAUGGCUUAGACCAACGGACUCUGAAACAGCUUCUAUCUCCUGGCCAUAAGACUGUUAAAUGGCUAAAAAGUACUGCUCUCCCUCUCCCACAGACUAUCCACACGGACUCUGUGCCCAUCCACUGGUCUCUAACCACUCAGACGCACACACCUUCCCUGUCGCUCUUACUCACACACACUCACAUACACCCUCACUCAUUACUGACGUCACACACUUACAACCCCCCCCCACACCUAUGGUUAUGCUAAAAUUAUUAUUAUUGAUUUGAUGUAUUAUUACCAUUCUGCUGCUGUUAAUUGAUUAUUGAUUGCUAUUACCAUCUAUUUAUCAUGCUUCUGGUCACUAUAACUCCUGUUUACAUGUAAAUGUUAUCAUUCAAAUAUUGCCAUGUAUUUAUACACUGAUUAUACAAACAAGAACACCUCUUUCCAUGACAUAGAAUGGAGGUGAAAACUAU